AUGGAGCCCCCGGUGCAGAUCUUCCGCGGGGACCCAGUCCCCACUUGCGCUCCGAGCGCCUGUCUGCUCCCCAACAGCAGCGGCUGGUUCCCCGGCUGGGCCGAGACAGACGGCAACGGCAGCGCUGGCCCCGAGGACGCGCAUCUGGAGCCCGCGCACAUCUCUCCGGUCAUCCCCAUCAUCAUCACCGCCGUCUACUCCGUGGUGUUCGUGGUGGGCUUGGUGGGCAACUCCCUGGUCAUGUUCGUGAUCAUUCGAUACACAAAGAUGAAGACAGCAACCAACAUUUACAUCUUUAACCUGGCUCUGGCAGAUGCUUUAGUGACUACAACCAUGCCCUUCCAGAGCACAGUCUACCUGAUGAACUCCUGGCCGUUUGGGGAUGUGCUAUGCAAGAUCGUCAUUUCCAUCGACUACUACAACAUGUUCACAAGCAUCUUCACCUUGACCAUGAUGAGUGUGGACCGCUACAUCGCCGUGUGCCACCCUGUCAAGGCGUUAGACUUUCGCACACCCUUGAAGGCAAAGAUCAUCAACAUCUGUAUCUGGCUCCUGUCAUCAUCUGUUGGCAUAUCUGCGAUAGUCCUUGGAGGCACCAAAGUCAGGGAAGAUGUGGAUAUCAUCGAGUGCUCCUUGCAGUUCCCAGAUGACGACUAUUCCUGGUGGGACCUUUUCAUGAAGAUCUGCGUCUUCCUCUUUGCCUUUGUGAUCCCUGUCCUCAUUAUCAUUGUCUGCUACACCCUGAUGAUCUUGCGCCUGAAGAGCGUCCGGCUCCUCUCUGGCUCCCGAGAGAAGGAUCGCAACCUCCGCCGGAUCACCAGGCUGGUCCUGGUGGUGGUGGCUGUCUUUGUGGUCUGCUGGACCCCCAUUCACAUCUUCAUCCUGGUGGAGGCUCUGGGGAGUACCUCCCACAGCACGGCAGCCCUCUCCAGCUACUACUUCUGCAUUGCCUUGGGCUACACCAAUAGCAGCCUGAACCCCAUCCUCUAUGCCUUCCUUGAUGAGAACUUCAAGCGGUGUUUCCGGGACUUCUGCUUUCCCAUUAAGAUGAGAAUGGAGUGCCAGAGCACUAGUCGGGUCAGAAAUACGGUUCAAGAGCCUGCUUACAUGCAGGAUGUGGAUGGGAUAAAUAAGCCAGUAUGACUAGUCGUGGAGAUGUCCUCUUAUAGUUCUGCAGGAAGAGAAGAGUUCAAUGAUCUAGGCUCAACUCAGAUUACAACUGCAGUCUGAGAUGAGAGAGGGAAUUUUUAACAGACUUUUAGAAAUCCUGUGGUCUGAAGUCAGCCAUUAGCAGCUCAGGUCAGUGGAUGCAGAAGGCCAGAGAGAGUAAAACGAAAGAUUGACCAAGCAAGUGGAAGCCCUCGCUGGGUUAGGAAAGCAAGGCUGACUCCCAGUUCCUACGCGAACAAAGAAACAAACCUUUUUGUUCCAGUAACCUAGUUCUAAUUCAGCACCCUUCUGCUGUGACCUUCAUAUGUAAUAUGGUUUCAAAAGCUCUGUUUAGAAAAAAAACAAAGAAAACGUUAGUUUCAGAAUUCAGUGGACAUUCAGUUGA